UGCAGGGCGAUGCGUAAUAUAAGGCACAUAGAAAAUAAUAAUGCUCCCUUUUUCCAGCAGCAGCAGUGUGCUUACCUAGUUGCCGCACAAGUGCAGACGUUGCACGGCCGAGCAUAAAUGAGAGGAAACCGAACGUGCGGCGACCUGGAAGUCUACGUCACGGACGGCAGGCUGAGGUACGACACCUUCUGCAAACCCUGGACGACGCUCAAAUGGCAUCUGCGUAGGCCCCGCUGGUGCCUGUGCAAGCACGGAUACGUGCGAAACGCCUGGGGACAGUGCAUCACGGUACAUGAUUGCCACAGAUGCCAGCACCAGCCGCACACAGACUAUAACAUUUGCUCUUCAGCCUGCCCCACCUACUGUGAUAAACCCUUGCCUCAGACGUGCACAAAGAAUUGUGUCGCGGGAUGCGCCUGUGCGCCUGGCUUCGUACGGCAUCCCUAUGUCCCAUGGAUGGCAUGCGUACCGGUCACCUCUUGUGCGCCACGGUGCCCCCUUCACUCUAGCUUCCACGUGUGCACAUCCAACUGCGCACCGCGUUGCAAUGCACCUCGACCAAGCGAGUGCAAGACUAGGUGCCAGGACGGAGAAUGCGUCUGCAACGAGGGAUUUGCAAAGACAUAUUACUGGGGACAAGAGGUAUGCGUGCCUUGGAACCACUGCCAUAUCACCAAACAAUAAACAAUGUUUCCAAAGCGA